UGUGUGUGUGUGUGUGUGUGUGUGUUGUCUGUCUUUCUGCCUGUCUGUAUGUCUGUCUGUCAAUCACAUCUAUUUGAACGUUUAUCUAUCUUACAUUUCCGCAAUGCAAAUAACUAUGUAUAUGGUGUCCAACAUUGUUCGUGAACUACUAAUAAAUAAACUAAUCUCAAAACAAAACUUGAAAGAACUAAUAACUCUAGAAACUGUAGAAAGCAGCUAUACUACAUGCAAAUUAAUUAAGCCCUCAGUGUCAGCUAGUGGCUAUAGUACUGAGAACCUUAAAAGUCACUUCUGUUGUCUGUGAAGAGGACUUCUUGGAGAUGACGCGUUGGCGUUGUACUUUUUUUACAGUUGGACUGAAAAGCGUUGCUCCAGGACCCACAAACACACAUACACGUACGCACGCACGCAUGCACGCACACACACACACACACACACACACACACACACACACACACACACACACACACACACACACACACACAUGUACACUUACUUUCCUGCAGGAAACUAUCAGGUAACAAAGCAACUAAAUAUAGACAUGCAUACGGGUCUCGUACACACAAGCCCCUCUACUCUACCAGUCUCCGGUCAUUUUCUCUUCUGUUUCUAACGCGUGGCCGAUCGAGCUAGUGGAUUUCCAUACAAAAGCAAACAGUUGCUGAGAAGAAGCAGACUAGGAGUGCAUGCGCUGAGUUGACGGACGGUAUCACUUAGAUUUACGUUUACAAGUUGCUUGACGUUCAGUUGACAUUACCUCAAAUAUCUAAUGGUAGGAAACAUCGCUUGGAUCAAAGUCACCAUAUUCACUAUCAUCACAAUCAAUUAUGGAGCAUCCGUCAAAACUAAAACUAAAAAUCGGACGAUGACCGUUGGCAGCAAAAACAAGCAUUUUAGUUGUGAAAAGUCAAACAGCAGGAAUGAUCGCGGACUUUCGGUCAACAAAUCUCCAGCGAAGUAUUUUUCUACCAAUUGCAAGUCAAAAAGGAUACUGAUAAACGCAACAGAGGAUAUGAGGUCACGUGACUUUAUAGUGUGCUUUUUGACUUGCCUCAUCAAACUCUGUUGUGUUUUACAUGCAUGCAGGCCUGCGCCAGGAGAAGUGUGCGUAGAAAGCAUAGAUGGAGGAUGGAGGCGCAAGUUUGUGUUUGGAGAGAUUGUCAAAGGAAAGUCCAACGGCACGUACUACUGUAACGAGACUUACCUAGGUGGAAGAAUGAAGCACAAACUAACAAUCUGGAAUGUGGCGGUUAUUGAACGUUCUACUUCUCCUCCAGUCACCACAGCAAGCAAAUUUGAGACAACUGCAAGUCCAUCAUCAGUGAUUUCUACGGCAACGCAAAGCCUCGCAGAUAUUGCGCAUGCAUCAUCUGCCGUUUCCUCACACGUGCAAUCUACUCCAAAAAGCAGCGGCGGGAAUUCCAGUGGGAAUCUUGUCAUAGCGACCACCUCAGCAGUGGUCGUUCUUGUCGUUCUUGUUCUUGUUGGAUUGGGAAUGCUACGACAUCGCUCGAAAGUUCAAACGUCUGUUAGAGACAUGUUGAUGAGCCAAGUCAAAGUAUAUAGACAAUGGGAGUUUCCGCGCGAACAUCUGGAGCUGUUAAACGAGCUAGGUAGUGGGUUCUUUGGCGCUGUCUACGAAGGGAAAGCUUAUGGUAUAACUGAGCCUGAAACUUGGACUUCGGUGGCAGUCAAAUUAGCAAAUGAUGAAGGUAUGGGCCAUUCUAGUUUGUGUGACGAGGCGAAACUAAUGAGUGGAUUGGAAUCUUAUACUCACAAGAACGUUCUCAGGUUGCUUGGUGUUUGUUCUGUGGGAGGACCAUUGUGUCUCAUACUAGAGUACGCAACUCACGGUAAUCUCAAAUCGUAUCUUCAAUCUCGGAAAGAUGGCCAACAGUUAAAACAAUCCGAAUUAAACUCAAAUUGCGGCUGUGAGAUAACGCCAAACAAAAUGUUCAAUUUCAGUCUCCAAAUUGCAGCCGGAAUGGAACAUCUCAUGAGCAGGAAGAUCCUCCACUGUGACUUGGCUGCUCGCAAUGUAUUGGUGUUUGAAAACGAAAUUCUAAAAAUCUGUGACUUUGGUAUGGCAAAAGACGUCCGAUAUGUUUACUACUUUCGAGAUCAAUCACAGACAGUGAUGCCUGUUAGGUGGAUGUCUCCUGAAGUUAUGCUUGACAAGGUCCACUGUCAGGCCACUGACGUCUGGUCCUUCGGAAUUGUCUUAUGGGAAACAGCAACAUUUGGCGGAACUCCAUAUCCGGGAAUUUCAGUAGAACAGUUGUAUGACCUACUAACUAAGAACUCCUAUCGAAUGAGUUGCCCUGUCAACUGCCCGCCUAAACUACAUGACAUCAUGCUUUGGUGCUGGCACGCUGAUAAGACCCAAAGACCAACCUUCUCAGCGCUUGUUGAACAAUUGUCUGACGUUUUGAAUGGCAUUACCAACAACGAUGACCCCUACAACCAAUCAACAGUAAGACUAUCAGGGAGUGCGGUAGCACUCCCUAGGCAGUUCAAGAUCUGAGUCUACUAGAACCAAAUCCGAUUUGGCCGACAUCACAACGCGUAUCUACUGUACCUUAGUGUGUGAGAAACACGAUAAACGUUACGGUAUUUAUGUACCUCGCACAGGAGCGCAUAUGGCGAUGCUAUCCAGUUCUUGCGACUUACUCUAGCCUCCCAAACUUUUCUUCUGGCACGAUCCUUAGGGAACCGAAACAUUUUGAAUCCAUUUUCUGAUCUAUUACUACAGUUCCAAGCGCAGCAGUUAACCAUAGUCUCGCUAGUGGGUCGAAACGCGCCUAAUGCCGGAUACUGUCUACACACGACUGGAAA